UCAGGCUCACCAUCAUGGAUACUCUUUCGGAGGCAAAUGGCACCUUUGCCUUAAGUCUUCUGAAAAAGCUGGGUGAAGACAACUCGAAAAAUGUGUUUUUCUCACCCAUGAGCAUCUCUUCUGCCCUGUCCAUGGUCUUCAUGGGCGCAAAGGGAAACACAGCAGCCCAGAUGUCCCAGACACUUUCUUUAAGUAAAAGCGGUGGAGGAGGCGAUGUCCACCAAGGGUUCCAGUCACUUCUCAUGGAAGUCAAUAGGACCGAUGCUGCGUACUUGCUUAGAACCGCCAACAGGCUCUUUGGAGACAAGUCUUAUGAAUUUCUCUCAUCUUUCAAAGACUCCUGCCGUAAGUUCUACCAAGCAGAGAUGGAAGAGCUCGACUUUAAUAACGCUACGGAAGAGUCCAGGGCACACAUCAACACCUGGGUGGCCGAAAAGACAGACGGUAAAAUUACAGAGUUGCUAUCUCCAGGUUCAGUUGAUCCAAUGAUGAAUCUGAUUCUCGUGAAUGCCAUCUAUUUCAAAGGAAACUGGGAUAAUCAGUUUAACAAAACGCAGACCAUGGAAAGACCAUUUAAAGUCAGCAAGGUGAAUAUUUUGGAAUAACAAAGGAGACUCUUGGAACAAGUCCCUGUGUUCACACUGGUUUUUAAAACAUGCAAGAAAGCUCACCUCACAAGCUAACUUGUGCCCUGUGCGGCCUCAGGCCGUCGGCAGCCGGGCUCCCCAGUGUGCCUUGCCCUUCUCCUUUGCUGUGUCAUCAAAGGUAGCUACAUACUCAUAGGCUACUGUUGCCAGGUGUUCGGUCUACAAUCAUAAAUCCCAUGUCACUUGUCAGGCUUAAGGUCUUUCUCGGCUUUCUAGAACUUUUGAGAUAAAGUUUGAACUCCAAAUAUGGUGUAUGAGGCUCUUUGUAGACCCAGAUCCUACCCAUGUAUCCCCAUUUCUCUAUCUUCAUUCCCAUCAGUACCUGUAUACCCCUUCCUUUCCAGCAGCAUCUGGAAGCCUUCCUUGACCAUCUUCCCUGGUGGGGAUUUCUGUAUCCCUCCUCUCAGCAGCCGCAGUGACCCCGGCUGGUCCUCAGGGCAGCAUUGCGGUGGUUGAAUGCCCAAGGCCAUCUGAGGGCAGAUGGCUCUCACCAGUGCCUGGCAUGUAGUUGGUGCUCAAUGAAUACUGAACAAAUGACUGAUCUGCAGUCUUCUUUUGAUAAUAAGGAGAACAAACUCUAAUUUUUGUUUAAAAAAUAAGCAAACAAAAGGACAUGUAGAUAAGGAUAGACAGUAAGUUGAGCUAUCUCCAGCUUUGAAGAUGUUAUUUGCUGGUGGCCUUAUAUCUUUUCUGUCACUGAAUCUAGGACAUUCUUUCUUUUUUACUAAUCUCUAAUUAUAGAGAUUUUUGCAUAUAUAUCUAAGUAGACAGAAUAGAUCAGUUACAGCCUAUUCUUGAUCACUGACCAUGAGUUAGAUCUUCUAAGCAGACAUGAGCCUGAACUUUCAGUUUCUCAAGAAAUAUAUUUUCCUUUGAGCUUUAUUCUGAAAUGAACUGCCCUAUUUUCACCCAGGGAAAUGAUUUCUCUAAGAUGUAUAUUGGGACUUGAUUCAUGGGAAGUUCAUCUCCCCUAGCAGAGGCCUGCAGGUGGGCCAAGAGUGUAUGGGGACCAGCUGGGGACCAGCUCCCUGUCUUGUUGCUCAGCCAUGCUUAGCAGGCAGCCUUUGUUCUCUUCAUCCUAUCAGGGUCAAGGCAUGAGCCAUCCAGGCGGGAGGGAGGGAGAGGAUGAAGGGUGAGAGCAAAAGCGCUCUCCUUCAGGGUUCUGACAUCUUAGAAAGAGAAGCCUCUCUUCUGUGUCUCAUGGGCCCGAUUAUGUUGUAUGGCCUCUGCUGGCUGCAGGGAGGUGAGGACUUCCAGCUUGCUUCCUAAUCUCUCCAGUAGAGAAAGGCAAAAGGAGCACACUAGGUUUUUUUUUUUU